AAUUCUAGCUUAUGGGAAUGACGUAAAGUGACUUCAGUUUGACAGUUUUUUUUAAAGGUUAUGUUAUUGUAAAAAAAUUGAUUUUUUACGAAAUGAUGGAUGUGGCAAAACACAGACGCAGUCGGUCCCGUUCCCCGGACCACCGGAGACACAAAACUGAUAGAUCGUUUAAAAAUGAUCGUAAUAGGAGACACAGGUCCAGGUCUCAUUCCAGGUCAAGAGACCGCCAUUCCAGCAGACGCAGGUCUAGAUCCAGAGGCACCACAACAAACGGUUUUGAACGAAACGACAAAUAUGAAGUCACAAAGAAAAAACACCUUGAGGACGAGUUCAUGGAGUCCCGACGCCAGGAGCGUGAGAUCCUCGGAAUGAGGGAUUACCCCAGCAUUUGGGGCCAAUCCCCCGAACCCGAAGACUCCGACAGUGACGUCGAAGACGUCACCAAGAACGCCCCCAAGCUAAAAAAACGGAAGAAGGAAAAGAAAAAAUCCCACAAGAAGCAUAAAAAGAAGAAGAAAAAGAAGAAGUCUUCAAGUGAGAGCAGUUCAGGGGAGGAAGAGUGGGUCGAGAAGACCACAACCACCAACAAACCCCAAACCAAUGCGGAAGAGACCGAAGAGGUGAUCGUCGGCCCCAUUUUGAAGCCCCAUGCCGCCCUGACUCACAAGGAAAUGGGCAAGGCUUUGCUCCCUGGUGAGGGGGCUGCCAUGGCUGCGUACGUCGCCGAAGGAAAACGGAUACCAAGAAGAGGUGAAAUUGGACUCACGUCUGAAGAAAUUGAAAGUUUUGAAGCCGUGGGUUAUGUCAUGUCCGGCUCAAGACACAGGAGAAUGGAGGCUGUGAGGAUACGGAAAGAAAACCAGAUUUAUUCAGCUGAUGAGAAGCGGGCUUUGGCCAUGUUCAGCAAAGAAGAACGGCAGAAGAGGGAGAACAGGAUUUUGGGACAGUUCAGGGAAAUGGUCAACUCCAAACUGGCCGAAAAGAAAAAUUAAUUUCGUAGAAUUGAGUGUUUAUUACGUAUAAAUAAAGUUUUUUUAUUACUUAA